AUGUCAAUUAAACCGAUUAAAAAACUUUUAAUUGCUAAUCGUGGAGAAAUAGCUUGUAGGAUUUUGCAAACAUGUAAAAAAAUGGGAAUAGCCACGGUUGCAGUAUAUUCUGAUAUUGAACAAAAUGCGCCUUUUGUAAAGUUGGCAGAUGAAGCAAUUCAUAUAGGACCGCCUUCUGCAGCCGAUUCAUAUCUUAGGGGCGACAAAAUUAUCGAAGCCGCCAAGCGAGUUGGCGUUGAUGCCAUCCAUCCGGGAUAUGGAUUUUUGUCCGAAAACGCAGAAUUCGCCAGAGAAGUGAUCAACUCUGGAAUUAUAUUUAUUGGCCCUAUGUCAGAAUCAAUUUUAGCGAUUGGAGAUAAGGAUUUAAACAAAUUUUGUAUUGAAUUCGUAGAUCUUACUACUACUACAAUCCUAAAAAAAAAGAUUGAAGCUAAAAAUUUACUUGCAAAACACUUGCCAUCUGUGCAUUUGAUACCUGGUUAUAAUGGCGAUAGUCAGAAUAUGGAUGUUUUUAUUAAUGAAUCCAGGAAAAUCGGAUUUCCUGUGAUACUAAAGGCAGCUGCAGGUGGAGGUGGAAAGGGUAUGCGUAUUGUUCAUGAGGAAUCAAAAUUACAAGAAGCAAUAGAACUUGUAAAAUCCGAAUCUCUCCAAUCCUUUGGUUCAAAUAGACUUUUAAUUGAAAAGUAUUUUGAGUCAAUUCGUCAUGUCGAGGGUUUGAGAAAAAACAUGAUUGAUGCUGCAAUUAAAAUUGGUAAACUCUUGAAAUAUACGAGUGCUGGAACUGUCGAAUUUAUUGUAGAUGUUAAGGAAAAUAAAUACUAUUUUCUUGAAAUGAAUACACGCUUACAAGUUGAACAUCCAAUUACCGAGCUUAUAACUGGUUUGGACUUGGUUGAACUUCAAAUAUUGGUUUCUCAAGAUCCCUGCAACAAUUUUCUUCCGAGCAUUGGUAAAAUUCUUCAUUUCAAACCAUCUUUAGCAUCAGAUGUUAGAUAUGAUACUGGUGUUGAAACAGCACUUCAAAAAAUGAGAUCUGCAUUACAAAAUACUGUUUGUCUUGGUAUAAUUACAAAUCAACAAUUUUUAUUACAAGUUAUGGAUGAUCCAAACUUCAUAUCUGGAAAAUAUGACACUAAUUUUAUUGAACAUCGGUUUUCUCUGUCUAAAAACCAGCAUAUACAGAGUGAAUUAGUAAUUAUACCAUUUUUAUGGUUAUGGUACAUUAGGGAAAAACAAAGAACAACUUUAAAGCAUGUUCCUUCUGGAUGGAGAUAUUUAAAAUAUAAAAACUUUACUGAUGAAUAUAUUGUUCAUAAUGGAAAUAAUGUUCAAGUUUUGGAACUAGAAUAUGAGUAUCACGCAAAGUUAGAUGGCGGGAAGAUCGGCAACAGUAACGAGCAUAUAUUUAGUAUUUGGAUUAAAGGAGAUAACAAUAAAAGUAAACGUGUCGUGUUAAAGGAUGUGGAAAUUUAUGAAAAUGAUGGUAUACAGAGAAUAUUUGACAUAGCUUCUGGGUCGCAAAACUUACGUACACAAGAAGUGUAUGUUCAUUGUAAGGAAUUGAGAAGACAAAUCAAAUUUUUGAGGAACAAAAAAAAGUUUUAUAAUGAGAAUGUUGAAGAUGAUGUUCCACAAAAUUCAAAAGUUAGUAAAGAUGAAGCUAUAUUAACUAUAGAGUCCAUGAAAAUUGAAACAAGAAUAUACUCUAGGCAUGAUGGAAUUGUAAAGAUUUUGGUCAAAGAAGGUGAUGUUGUGGAUGCCGGAACUGUUUUAAUUAAAAUUGAAUGA